CUCCUGGGAAGUACGCCUGGACCAUAUAUCUCGACGUGAUUGUGUUGGAGGGACAGGGCAAUAUCUUGGAUGCGGUCUCUUUGGCGGCCUAUGCCGCCUUGCGAACCGCAGCGUUGCCUGGUGUCGACGCCAUUUCCGGUGGACUGGACUCGGCUAACAACCCCAUCGAAGAUUUCGAGCUGUCCUCCACCGACAUCCUGGACGCGAAACCUUUGCCCGUGCAAAACCUGCCCAUCUGCAUCACCCUAAACCGUAUCGGGAACUUCGUGGUGGUAGACACGGCGGCGGAGGAAGAGGCAGAAGGCGGGGUUCAAGCACGCUUGACUGUCGCAGUGGAUGAGACAGGGCAUAUUUGCGGGUUGUACAAAGGGGCUGGGGGUGGUUUCCCGGUGGGGGAGAUGCAUACAUUGGCCCAACAUGCCGUGCCCAUUGCCAAGAAGGUUUUGGAGGGGCUGAAAGCCGCCAUCGGCUUGACGGACAAGAAAGAGAAAAAGGGUAUCGAGAAAGGUUCCUCGAAGUUGCGUUGUGAAGCAGGCACUUGGAGAAGAGAUGCGUGCGUCGGAGAAUAAAAUGGAAGGAAGCACCAAAGCACUGAAUGCGGCAAA